AGGUGAACUGAACGAUACCCACGACCAGACCGGAAGACAAAAUACAGACACGCUGCGCCAGGACUUCCAUUCGGUCAAACAAACCAGGAGGCGUCGUUUUCAGAAAAUUAUAUAAACAUAAAAGCCACACCAAAAAUACCGAAAAUGCCCGGCAGAACGACCUCAGAAGACGUCCCCAUGGACGAGGCGCCCACGUCUUACCAGCCCGAAGAGGAGGAGGCCGAGGUCCAGGAUGAGUCGCCUGAGCAGGAGGAAGAGGAAGAGGAGGAGGAGUCCCAGCGCGUCAAGAUCCUGCCCGGCUCAACAGACACUGCCGCCUCGUUCGAGUUCAUUGACGAGGGCCACACGCUCGGGAAUGCGUUGAGAUUCAUCAUCAUGAAGAACCCCGAUGUCGAGUUCUGCGCCUAUGCCAUUCCCCACCCCUCAGAGGCCAAAAUGAACAUCAGAAUCCAGACCUAUGACGGUACCGCCGUCGCGGCUCUGCAAAAGGGCCUCAAGGACUUGCAAGCCCUCAGCGACACCGUCGCCGAGGAGUUCAUUCGCGCCAAGGAUGAGUUUGGCCGUUCGUAGUAACCUGACGAGGCUUUCCUCACAUGCCAAAACAGACUGGGCGUUUAGGGAUCAUCAGUUGCAUAGAGAAAAGAGAGAGAGACAACCCAAUUGGAGUUU